GCACUGAAUGCUGGACUUUGAUUUUUUCUGCGGUCUAUUUAACUUCACACACAUUUAUAUGUAUAUACAGCCACAGACAGUCCAGACUAACUCAAGCUCAUUCAUUGGACUAAGCACUUCAGAGAACGGGGCACACAAGAAAACAACAGUGAAGAUGAAAUUGUACUUGGUACUCGCCUUUGUUGCAUUUACAGGUUGCCAAGCUAACCUAUUUUCUGCUGAUGAACCCAAGCCCCAGCUGGAGCAGUUGACAGAUGCAUUCUGGAGUUAUGCUGCCAAGGCAACUCGCACCGCAGAGGAAACUCUUAAAAUGAUCAGAGAGUCUCAACUGGGCCAGGAUGUCAAUGCUAGACUGACACAGAGUGCUGAUAUGGCCAGUGAAUAUGCCAUCACCCUCAGGAAACAGGUGGAUCCUCUGACUGAAGAGCUCAUGACCAAAAUCACCAAGGAGGCUGAAGUGUUGAGGGAGCGUCUGGGUCAGGAUCUGAUCACAGUGAGAGACAAACUGGAGCCCUACGCCGACAACUUCAAGAGUCAAAUUCAGCAGAGAGUUGAGGAUCUCAGAGCAGCCAUGGCUCCAUAUGCAGAUUCUCUGGAUUCUGAGAGCCUGAAGGCCACUCUUCUCCAGAAAAGUGAGGAGCUGAGAGUGAGCAUUGAGAAGAGCGUGAAGGAGCUGCAGGCUCAGCUUGAGCCCUACACCGCUGAUAUCAAAGAGAAAGUAGACCAGCGCCUCCAGGAGUUCCAGAAGACCGUGAGUCCCAUGGCCGAGGAUCUUCAGGCCCAGAUUGCUGAGAGAGCAAAGAUGGUUCAACAGAGUCUAGCACCUUAUGCAGAAGACCUGAAGGAAAAGCUGGACCCCUACGCCCAGGACCUGAAGACCCAGCUCACCUCCCUCUAUGAGUCUUUCAUCAAGUCCAACUAAAAUAUUUUAAGACUUCAUCUUACAUCAAAUAUUUUCUCAUGACUCUUACUUUUGUAAGAACAUCACCCCUAAAUCAAACUACUUGCCGACAGAAUAAUCUUUUAUGCCUUUUGUUUGCUCAUUUAUAAACCAAUGUAGAGAAAGUUAACAAACGAACAAUAACAAUAUCCUGUUAUUUACACCUUAACCGUCAAUCUGCACCUUUUUCUUUAUAACUGUUGAGUAUUUAUUUAAAUAUUAUUUGUGACUGAAUAUUGUGUGUGGUUUCUAUUGUCUGUGCUGCAAGUUUAUAAUGUCGAGUUAUUUUUAUUUAUCCAACAAUUAAACAUCUGCAUUUUACUACUA